GUCCCGUCCGGCCAAUCACAACACAGAACUGAGCUGUCGUCUCCCCCAGCCUGCACUGGGGAGUUUAGCAUCUAUAAAGCUAGCCUUCAUAUUUUUAAUGAUAAACUGCGGGUUGUUAUUUCUACCUGCCAAGGUUUAACGAGUACAUUUCCAGGUUUUUGGCGAUUAACUCGAAGAUCAUGCAGUUCAUGCUGUUGUUCAGCCGUCAGGGGAAACUGCGGUUACAGAAGUGGUAUGUCCCUCUGUCUGACAAGGAGAGGAAGAAAAUUUCUAGAGACUUGGUCCAGACUAUAUUGGCCAGGAAGCCCAAGAUGUGCAGCUUCCUCGAGUGGAGGGAUCUCAAGAUUGUGUACAAAAGGUAUGCAAGCCUGUACUUCUGCUGCGCAGUAGAGGAUCAGGAUAAUGAACUGAUCACCCUGGAGAUAAUCCACAGAUAUGUGGAGCUGCUGGACAAGUAUUUUGGCAGCGUCUGUGAACUGGAUAUUAUCUUCAACUUCGAGAAAGCCUACUUUAUCCUGGAUGAGUUCCUGUUGGGGGGCGAGGCCCAGGAAACGUCCAAAAAGAAUGUGCUGAAGGCCAUCGAGCAGGCCGACCUGCUGCAAGAGGAGGCCGAGGCGCCACGGAGUGUCUUAGAAGAAAUUGGGUUGACAUAAACCCUCAUUUCUACCCUUUUGACACAUUAUAUCUGCAUUUGUCUCCAUUGCAUCCUCUCCUGUUCAGUGAAUCAGUGUUGUAUGCAUAUCCCCACCAUAAAUGUGCUGUAUUAUUCUGUACUGGUUUGUAUCAUCCUUUUUGCGUGUGCUUCUCUCUGUGGUUUCAGUGUUUUAAAUGUAGACACGCUGCCUUGGUGUAUUCUACAGUAUUUGGUGUUCAUCACGUCCUCGUUCUGAGCUUCACAAUAUUCAGCAAUGUAGCACCAACCGGACAAGUCCCAAUGCAGAUCGUCACCUCUGCCAUUUACUUGUCCUGAGCUCCAAAUGUUGUGGCUUUGUGUACUCUAGUCAUAAAGAAGGUUAAAGCAACCGGUUCUGAUGACAUUUUAAGAAUCCUCACAUUCACAAUGGAUUUUUUUGCUGUUAACUUUUGCCGAGUUCUGUUUUCUUCAUCACAGCAUGAUUGGGUUCCAUGUAAGUUUUGGUUUAGGGAUAAAUAAUGGAAAAAUACAGAGAAAUCAGCUGAAACUCCUCUGCUGGGUUUGUCAAGUCUUCUUUAAAGGGUUGUAGUUCAAUAUGUCAUUCAGAUGGUUUUCUUUUAGUCCAGGAAUGCGUUUAGAGCAGAUUUGUUUUCACAAUUUUGUCAAAAACAAUCCAUUAUGCUUUAUGACAAUACAUAUGAUUACAUUCGAUUUUAAAAAACCAAACUUCAGUGCAUAGUCUAGUAUUAGGCUUAACGCUUACAUGAUCUCAUGCGUGGGAAGAUGCGAGGCCAUCGUUGUCGGUCCUAAUGUUUAGUGGAUUUGAUGUUUCACAAAAAAUGUUUACAUUUAUGUUAAAUGUGGGAAUUCGGUGUAUGUUAUCGUUUGUUAAACUGCUAUCAUUUUUUAUUUCUUUGGAUUUAAAAAGGCAUUAUCGAAAUCAAACAGGUACCCAAAUAUAAAACAUUAUUUCUGCAGAAUAAUCCAGAAUUUAGGAUAAAUAUAUAUGACCAAAGAACACUGUGUACUGCUGUCUUGAAGGUGUCUGUAAAAAGAGUUAAAAAAAAAAGUUAGAAAUGGGAUUUUCUUUAGAUCUUGUUUUUCCAUUUGUCUGGAGUUCAUCAGUAUUAAUUUUUUUUUUUGAAUCAGACAUGUCUGAACCUAUCUGAAAGAUGAAAUUCAUAAAAUAAACCCUUCAGUAUUCCUCA